AAAAUAAAAAAAACUAUGGAGAGACAAAACAUGAACUGUAUUAACAUUAAAUCGUUGCUUGCAACUACAAAUAGUAUUAAAAAAAGAAGAAAAAUGCAAAAGAUGAUGUUUGUUGAAAAGAAUGUGUUCUUAGAUAAGUUUAGCACCAGAGAUCGAAGUCACUCAGGGUCAAGUUUUACUUCUGUCACACCCUGUGGCAGCAUAAAAAGUAAUGUUUUAGCUAAAACUGUUUAUAUCAAUAAUGCUGCUACAUAUAGUGGAUUGUAUUAUGAUGUUAAGCGGAACUGCUUAUCUGAGUUCCUACUUGAGCCAUACAGUUCUUUUUGUUAUUUUUGGCAAAUAGUGCUAUUAUUGUCAAUAAAUUAUAAUAUAUGGGUUGUUGUUUUUCGAAUAGCUUAUCCCGAUGCUAAAGAAUUUCAAGUACUAUGGUUUUCUCUUGAUUAUGUUGCUGACCUCUUUUAUUUAGCUGAUAUAUUUAUUUCAUCACGUAUUUCUUAUAUUCAAAACGGAAUAUACGUAAGAGACAAGAGAAAAGUAAUGCUUGCUUAUAUUAAAUCAAAAAAGUUUCUGAUUGACAUAAUAACACUCUCUCCAUUUGAUAUUCUUUAUAUCAUAGAUGAAGUGCGACCUGUUUAUCGAUUACCUAGGUUACUUAAAUUUCUCAAUAUAUUUCAAGCUAAAAAAGUUGUAGAGGCUGUUACAAAUUUUCCAAAUUUAGUGAGGGGAACAUUUUGGUUAAACAUGAUGUUUUUGGUUUUACAUUGGAAUUCAUGUUUUUAUUAUAUCAUUUCAAAAAGUGAAGGGUUUGGUUCAGAUCUAUGGGUAUAUCCAAAUCACACUGGGGUUCACAAAAGUCUGCUUCAUCGUUAUAUUAAAUGCAUGUACUGGUCUACAUUAGUUCUUACAAAUAUUGGAGAAAGCUCACCUCCUGAAACAACAAUUGGAUAUUCGUAUAUGAUUUUAUGCUACAUUAGUGGAAUGUUCAUCUUUGCUGCAAUUGUAGGUCAGGUUGGGAACAUUAUCCAAACUAUGAAUGCAAGCAGGAUGGAAUUUGAAAGACAAAGAGAUAAAACAGUGCGUUAUAUGAAAAAACACAAUGUGCCAUUAGAACUUUGGAAACGAGUAAGACAUUGGUAUGACUACACCUAUUCCAGAGAUCGCUUUGAUGGUGGCCAGGAUAUCAAUGAAAUAAAAAUACUUCCAGAUAAGAUAAAAACUGAAUUGGCCUUGCAUGUCCAUUUUGAAACCUUACGUAAAGUUUCAUUUUUUCAAAAAUGUCAGCCAGAGUUUUUGCAUGACUUAGUUCUGAAAAUGAAGCUUCAUAUAUUUACCCCGGGAGAUUUGAUUAUAAGAAAAGGUGAAAUAGCCAGAGAGAUGUAUGUCAUCAGCGAUGGAACUGCAGAAGUAGUUAGUGAGAGUGGACAAGUACUUAGGACUCUUAAACCUGGAGACUUUUUUGGAGAGAUUGGUCUACUAAGUUUGAAUGAUGGAGACAACAGAAGGACUGCAAAUGUUCAAUCUUGUGGUUACCUUGAACUUUUUGUUCUAAGCAAAGAGGAUGUCAUUUCUUCAAUUAAAGACUAUCCAUUAGCACAAAAUAUUUUAGAACAGUAUGGGCGUAAAAGAUUAGCUUUUGGACGAAAAUGCUGCAGAGCCUUAGCAAAUAAAAGUAUGACUUCAACAAAAGGGGAAAACAUUGGAAGGAAGCACAAAGGAUUAGGAAAUAAGUCGAAGACAAUUAAUCAACAAGAAGAGGAGAUCAAAUAUAGAAAAAAAGCAAAUCAAUUUUUUGAAUCUUGUAGCCCUAACGAAAUGAAAAAAGAAGUUUGUAAAGAUUACAACAAAAUGAUACCUCGUGAAAACACACCGUUUAACAAAAAUGAUCAAAGUGUAGUAUUCUAUGUAAAAACUAAACCAAACUCAUAUAGAGUGAUUUGCUUUGAAAUAAAAAAAUCAAUUAUUGAUUGUGCAGAUCUUAAGCACAGCACAUUAGGAGACUUCUUAACUCUUCCCAUCAUGUCCAAAGAAUUUUCCUCUAAAAGAAACUGUUUCAAAAAACAGAGAACUCUGAAAAAACGUUUUUACAAAAAACAAAAUAGGCAAACUUUAAAAUGUUGUCUGCAAGACUAUUGCUUAAGAGAAUGCUAUAAAGAAAAUUUAGCACUGAAAAAUGUUCUGAAAAAUGUCAAAAAAGUAAAAAACAAUGAAUAUUUUGGCUUUGACCAGAUGAAUCACUAUAAUAAGCAAUGCAUUAAUAAAAAAAAUAACCAAACAUCAAGUCAUAAAUAUUUUGAAAAGGACAGUUCAAAAUUUUCAAGUCACAGGCGUUUGAGUGAACUUACUGACAUUACUGAGCCUUACUACAAUAUAAACAGUCAUUUUCAAGAAAAAAGUCAUGGAAUUGGAAUUGUCAAUUCGAUUUCAGAUUUGCGUAAAUUAAAAUCAGACCCAGAAAAUGUAAAGAAUAACUAUUUGAAAAGUGUGGAAAUUUCUGAAAAUAGCAAAAAUCAACAAGACUCUUGUAUGAAAGAAGCAUCAGAUCAUCUUCCAAAAAUUACAAUAAUUAAGACAAAUGAAAAACAACAAAAUAGCUCUAUCAUGUUGGAACUUAGCAAUGACAACAAAAGUAUGUUUCACACUGAAAUCAACACAAUAGACAAGCAAUAUGCUGAUUUAACACCUUUUGAAUGAAUGAAUGCUUUUCUCCAAUCAACUUACCAAUUUUACAAAGAAGUCUACUACGCCGUCUCGCAUUAAUAAAAAAUCAAUAUGUUCAAAAAAGAAUAUCGAAUUCAAUUUUGAAACUUUUUGAUUCAACUAAAAGAGUAUUACAUUUUAGAAAGAGAAAACUUAAGUUAUCAAUUUAAAUACGUCUAAAAACUUAAAUAUUUGACAAAGAUUUGUAAUCUUCACCUAAUAAAAGAAAUUUAUUUCUUCUUCAAUAACCAAAGUUAUU